UCUCCAGUGGAUAUGCACCUGGAUAUGCCAAGCUCAACAGGAGAGGAGGUGCUGGAGGAUGGUCGCCUCUGGACAGUGACCAUUACCAGUGGCUCCAGGUGGACCUUGGUUACCGAAAGCAGGUGAGCGCCAUUGCAACGCAGGGCCGGUACAGCAGCUCAGAUUGGACGACGCAGUACCGUCUACUCUACAGUGACACAGGAAGGAACUGGAAAGCAUACCACCAGGAUGGUAACAUUUGGGCCUUUUCUGGAAACUCCAAUUCAGAAAGUGCAGUUCGCCAUGAACUGCAGCAGGGAAUUGUGACUCGUUUCCUUAGACUCAUCCCGGUUUCCUGGAGUGAAGAGGGACGUAUUGGUCUCCGGAUAGAAGUGUAUGGAUGCUCCUACUGGGCGGAUGUUAUCAACUUUGACGGGCAGGGAGUAAUCUCAUAUCGUUUUAAGGUGAAGAAGAUGAAGAUUAUAAAAGAUGUGAUCGCCCUGAGAUUUAAGACAUCAGAGAACGAGGGUGUGAUUCUCCAUGGGGAGGGGCAGCAGGGAGACUACAUCACUCUGGAGCUCCACAAGGCCAAGCUACUACUGCAGAUAAACCUGGGCAGUAACCAGUAUGGCUCUAUACUGGGUCAUACCUCUGUGACCACUGGCAGUCUCCUGGAUGACAAUCACUGGCAUGCAGUGGUGAUUGAACGCUACCGUCGCAAUGUCAACUUCACCUUAGAUGGACACACUCAGCACUUCAGGACAAAUGGGGAAUUUGAUCACCUUGAUUUAGACUAUGAGUUGAGUUUUGGGGGUAUGCCAUACAGUGGGAAGCCUGUGGGAGGUGGAAGAAAAAACUUCAAAGGCUGCAUGGAGAGCAUCAACUACAACGGAGACAACAUCACCGACCUGGCCCGCCGUAAGAAGCUAGACACUUCAAGCUUUCAGCGUAACCUGUCUUUCGCAUGCGUGGAGACGCACACCUUCCCAGUGUUUUUCAACGCGACCAGUUUCCUGCAGCUGCCCGGUCGAGCCAAUCACGACACAGUGUCUGUGGGCUUCCAGUUUCGCACGUGGAACCCCGACGGCCUUCUGCUCUUCAGUAAUCUCGACGACGGCACUCUGGAAAUCUCCCUCGAAGACGGCAAAAUCAUAGUUCACAUUAUUGUUGCAACAGCAGCCAAAAAUUACAGGGCGGACUUACAAUCAGGCUCAGGUCUAAAUGACGGCCAGUGGCACGCCGUGCGUCUGGUCGCCAAAGAGAACUUUGCCAUGUUGACGCUGGAUGGCGAAGAAGUGUCCGCCGUGCGUUCCACCUCACCUCUCAGCAUCACCACCGGAGGAACCUAUCACUUAGGAGGGUACUUUCUCCAAACGCUGUUACCACCAUCCCAGCGAUCCUAUCAGGGAUGCAUGCAGGCGAUCCUGGUGGACGACCAACCUGCUGAUUUGCAUGCAGUGGAGAAAGGCACAGUGGGAGCGUUUGAGAAUAUCAGCCUGGACAUGUGUGCUAUCAUAGACAGGUGUAUGCCUAAUCACUGUGAACAUGGCGGCCGGUGUAAACAGACCUGGGACAGUUUUAGUUGUAACUGCGAUGGAACAGGAUACAGUGGAGCAACCUGCCACACGUCCAUCCAUGAACCUUCAUGUGAGGCUUAUAAGCACUUGGGCAGGUCAUCUGACACCUACUGGAUUGACCCAGAUGGUAGCGGACCUCUUGGCCCCUUAAAAGUCAACUGCAACAUGACAGAAGACAAAGUGUGGACAACCGUUGUGAACAACCUGCCACCCAGAAUGCCAAUCACUGGCUCGAGCAGAGAGAGACGAGCCGUCCUGCAAGUCAACUACAGUGCCUCUAUGGAUCAGGUGAUCGCCAUCACCACCAGUGCAGAACACUGCGAGCAGCAAAUCACCUACAGCUGUCGCAUGUCCCGACUGCUCAACACUCCAGACGGGACCCCCUACACAUGGUGGGUGGGCCGGGGCAGCGAGAAGCAUUUUUACUGGGGCGGAUCGGGGCCCGGAAUCCAGAAGUGUGCCUGUGGCAUCAACAAGAACUGCACUGACCCCAAAUACGACUGCAACUGUGACGCAGAUGCCAAUCAAUGGAGGGAAGAUUCUGGUCUCUUGACAUAUAAAGAGCACCUGCCAGUUAGCCAGGUUGCUGUUGGCGACACAAACAGAGCGCGCUCUGAGGCCAAACUCACCGUUGGACCGCUCCGCUGCCAUGGAGAUAAUAACUACUGGAACGCAGCGUCAUUCACCACCCCGUCAUCAUACCUGCAUUUCGCCACCUUUCAGGGAGAGACCAGCGCUGACAUCUCUUUCUAUUUCAAGACGAGUGCUCCCUACGGCGUCUUUCUGGAAAAUCUGGGCAACACUGACUUCAUCCGCCUGGAGCUGAAGUCUCCUACGGUGGUCUCCUUUUCUUUCGAUGUCGGAAACGGACCCGUGGAGCUGACCGUGCACGCAGCUGCUCCCCUCAACGACGACCAGUGGCAUCGCGUGAUGGCCGAGCGUAACAUCAAAGAGGCGGUCCUCCGGGUGGACCAGGCGUACCGGACGUCCCGGCUAGCGCCCGCACAGGGACACACGCGGCUAGAGCUGUUCAGUCAGCUCUACGUCGGGAAACCAGCUGUACUCACCUGUCAAGACAGUGCCGCGGGGGGCCAGAGGGGGUUUCUGGGCUGCAUCCGAGCCUUACGGAUGAACGGCGUCACCCUCAACCUGGAGGAGAGGGCCAAAGUCACGCCCGGGGUCAUGUCUGGCUGCCAGGGCCACUGUACGAGCUUCGGGGUGUACUGCAGGAACGGAGGGAAGUGCGUGGAGAGGUAUAAUGGCUAUUUGUGCGACUGCACCACCACCGCCUUCAACGGCCCGUUCUGCACCAAAGAUGUCGGCGGUUACUUUGAAGCAGGAACGCUGGUCAAAUACAACUUCAUGCCCGAAGCAGUUCAUGGGGCCAGUAAAGACACGAAAGCCCUGACGCAGCAGCUGAUGCCCAAUGACGUGAAUUUAACAAAGGAAGAGGUGACCUUCAGUUUCAGCACGUCCAGUGCUCCAGCCAUUCUCAUGUACGUCAGCUCCAAGACGCAGGACUACCUGGCGGUGGUGUUGAGAAGCAACGGCUCACUGCAGGUUCGCUAUAACCUCGGCGGUCUGAGGGAGCCGUUUGCAAUAGAUGUGGACCAGCGUAACCUGGCCAAUGGACAGCCGCACAGCAUGAACAUGUCCCGCCACAACAGGAGCAUCUCCAUUCAGCUGGAUCAUUAUCCUCCAGCGCACUACAAACUUCCCGAUUCCUCAGACAUACAGUUUGACCUGGUCAAGACACUGUUCUUGGGCAAAGUCUACGAAACUGGACCCAUAGACCCCGUCCUCAUCGAGCGAUACAACAGCCCGGGUUUCACUGGCUGCCUGUCACGGGUGCAGUUCAACGGAGUCGCUCCCCUCAAGUCUGCGCUGAGAAAAGCUGCGGAGGCUCAGGCCGACAGUUAUCCCGCGUCUGCCUCUCCGGUGUCCUACCAGGGCAAACUCGUGCAAUCCAACUGUGGGGCUUCACCUCUCACCGUCCCACCAAUGUCUGCCACACCAAACCCCGGGUCUCUGGACAACACGAAUGCCGAGAUCCCCCUCAAUGAAGAGCGAGUCAUUCCUGAUGGUGUUAACAGGGACUCAGCUAUUAUUGGAGGCAUCAUCGCGGUGGUGAUCUUCACCAUCCUGUGCACCCUGGUGUUCCUGAUCCGCUACAUGUUCCGCCACAAAGGCACCUACCACACCAACGAGGCCAAGGGCAGCGGGGAGUCGGCCACGGAGUCCGCCGACACGGCCAUCAUCGGCACCGACAACCCAGAGACGAUCGACGAGUCAAAGAAGGAGUGGUUCAUUUAACAGGCCAACGAUGGGACUCAGACGGAGCAGGGCAACGCGCGAGACCAUCGUCGCUCACGGAAGGAGGAUGUUGAAUCAAACGACCGAUCACUGGCGACACAGAGGAGUGAGUGACUGUUCAAAAGGACAGCAGACUCCCCCCUGAGAGGAUGAGGGAUGUGGGAAAUUUCUGUUCCUUUUUUUUAUAUCCAGAGUAUUAGAGAAAGAAGAGAGACGCUUAUCCCAAGGAGCACAGCUGUAAAAGACUGUAGAUGUAUAUACUAACCAGCUUAUCCUUCUUUAUAUCGUGCUUGGGAGUUUCCAGGAGUCCUUUGAAUACCGUGUGUGACAAAUAAUUACACUUACUGGGUGGUGUAAUAGCAAAGAUUUAUUGCCAGUCCUUGUUUGGGUUUUGAUUUUAUAUUUAAACAGAAAUCUUAUAUAAGAAAUGAUCAAAUCGACAUGCCAAACAUCUCCUUUUUUUUUUUUUCUUCUUUUCUUUUUUAAAGCUGUAGCCACACCAUCCUGUCAACACUCGCAUUCGUCCAGUGGAGCACAUCUCGUAACGUGGUAACAUAGAGUUUAUCAUGGAUGCCAAAAGUCUCUUUGUAAAUAUAUUUUGUGUCAGUUUUCCGAAGAAGAUUUAUUUAGAGUCCAAAUGCCAAUGAGAAAUGUCAUAUCUAUAUUACAGUGAUAUCCGUCCAUGAUAUUAUAUAUGUGUAACGUACAGAGUUUUAUGUUUAGGUCUCAUGACGUUCGAUUGUAUGGGACGUUCCUCUCUGGGGCAGCGCAGGGAGGGGAGGGGGGGGGUUCUCAGAGCAUGAUGGCAAAUCAUGACACGCCACGGCUGGCUUUAGCUCAUCAUCACGGCAGCUUUCUUUGAGUUUUUAAGUGAAACCGAGAGCCUUUACUCAUUCGGACGUGAGCGGUCAGCUUGUUCCUUUGCCAAACACUUCGGUCUUAUUUCCAGAGUUUGCAAAUAUUAUUUGGCUUUGAACGUUUUCUUUGCAUUUCCUUACUUGUUAAAUGGACCGCCCAACAGGGUGUGCGUAGGGCAAACGCUGAACAAGUGCCAGAGGAGGCAGCUUCACACGGUUUUUUUCUUUAUGCACUCAGCUCCUAGAAAAUCAAGGACCCUGAAACAGCAGGAAUACAAAAGAAAG